AUGUCCGACGUGCCGGGUGCCUUCGCCGCGAUGGCGCUCCAGCAGCAACAACCACUGGACAACGCCGUCGACGCGUCAUCAAGACCGGAAGAUUUAUCAUGCCCGUGCUGCUUCCGCCCCGGAAAGCUCUGCGACUCCUUCUCGCCGGAAGAAGCGCCCAUGAAAAUUAGAGGAUUACGCGUCCUGAUGGCCUCGCACGGCCUCGACGCUUACAUCGUACCGAGCGGCGACGCCCACUCCUCAGAAUACGUCGCGCCCUGCGACGAGCGGCGGGCCUGGCUCACGGGCUUUACGGGAUCUGCUGGUACUGCUAUUGUAUCAAUGAAAGAGGCGGCGCUGUGGACCGACGGAAGGUACUUCAACCAAGCGUCCACACAACUAGAAGGCUCGCCCUUCACACUGAUGCGGCAGCACGAGCCGGGUGUACUGGACAUGCCUGAAUGGUGUCUUCAACAGGGUUCGAAGAUCGGCAUUUGUGGCGGUCUGUGUACGCUGCAGUUCUCCCAAAACUUCCGGGAGAAGGGUUUGGAGCUGGUACCGAUCGCUACGGAUUUCGUGGACGUGAUCUGGGGCAGUCGCAGACCGAAGGUGCCCCGUAACCCGUGUCUGGAGCAGCCUCUCGCAUUGACUGGUGAAUCUGUGAAGAGCAAGUUGGAGAGAGUCAAGAAGGAGCUCAAUGGUUCUGCGUUAGUCUUAAAUGCCCUAGAUCAGAUCUGCUGGCUCACGAAUUUACGAGGGUGCGACGUGGAAUGCAACCCGGUCUUCUUCGCGUACGCCGUCGUGACGGACGAGCUCACGUUGUAUUUGAGGUGUUUGGAUCGGGAGCUAUGUGGUAACGGCCUGGAGCAGCACGAAUCAGAUGAACGUAUUGCGGUCUUGAAAGCGACGCUACUAGAACAUUUCAGGAGCGAAGGUCUAGCUGCCAAUCUGUUGCCUUACUCAUCUUUCGACGCAGCGGAAUGUGCCCAGCGAUGUAGCGGUAGGAAAGUAGCCCUCGAGAAGGCGACAUCUACGCUAGCGAUGGCCGCGGCCAUUCCUGAAGAACGUAGAGUGUUGGUGGACUGCUCGCCCGUCGAAAUCUUCAAGGCCGUGAAGAACGACGUCGAGAUCGCGGGAUUACGGAAGGCUGGGAGACGGGACUGCGCCGCGCUCGUCGGGUUCUACGGCUGGCUCGAGACGCGGCUGGGCCGCGUGGGCGGCGGCGUGCAAAUUUCGGGCGCCUUCCCGUGACUGCGUCUGCUCGACGGCGUGAAGGUCGAACCACUGGUUGAUUUCCACGCAACGAGAGCGUGUGUCGGGUCGCGGCGAUGGCGUAGGGGUGGCGCCACACGCCAUCGACGCGACCGCACCCCCGCACGCCAUCGACGCGACGCCUGCUCGAUGGCGUCUGACUGGUCGAUGUCCGCGCAGGUCGACGAGUGCCAAGCGUGCGACGAAAUUAUGAGAAGAAGGCGCAUGAUGGGCGGCCCCCUCUACAAAGGUGAUAGUUUUGACACCAUUAGUAGCGUCGGUGCGAACGCGUCGAUCAUCCACUACAAACCUACACCUAAUGAUUGUGCGACCAUAACAAACAAGGACGUCUACCUCUGCGACACCGGUGGUCAGUAUGGAGACGGUACCACAGAUAUCACGAGGACGAAUCAUUUUGGGAAACCGUCCGAGGAUGAAAGGAGGUGCUACACGCGAGUACUCCAGGGCCACAUAGGGAUGGCUCGAGCUGUUUUCCCCGAGGGCACUCCCGGGGUCAUGUUCGACGCUCUCGCUCGAGCACCGUUGUGGCGAGAUGGAUUAAACUAUUUACAUGGCACGGGCCACGGCAUGGGGAGUUACCUGAACGUCCACGAGGGCCCGUUCGGCGUCGGCGGCGGGGCGGUAACGGCAGAUAAGCAGUUCGCCUUUCACGCCGCGAAGCUGAGGUAUCUGAAUGAAAUAAGGAGGGGCCACUACGUCAGUGACGAGCCGGGCUUCUACCAAGAUGGCUCAUUUGGGUUCCGCAUCGAGUCGGACCUGGUCGCCGUGGUGGCGGAGACGAAGUACGCGUACGGUACGAGAGCUUGGCUCAAGUUCGAGUACCUGACGCCCUUGCCCUUUUCUCGGUCGCUGACGGACCCUUCUCUGUUACUCGAGGACGAAAUACAGUGGAUCGACGCCUUCCAUUCUCAAUGUUGGGCGACGGUGGCGCCGCUGUUGACUUCCAGUAAUUUGGAUGAUGCGCAGGACGCGGCUCGCGCGCGCCAGUGGCUCUGGCGCGAGACGCGGCCGCUGUCGGAGGAGGCGUGCCCGCCGGUGCCGCCCGCGAUCGAUCCCUCGAAGUGCCACAGCAUCCUGGACUUCUAGGUCUCCGCGUCGUCGCCGUCGCCGUCGUCGUGUUUAGUGUAGUAUAUAUAUAGCUAUCAUCUGGG